UUGCUGUUCGGCUUCCUUCGAAGGUGUAGCGAUUGCAUGAGUUGCUUCUUCGGCUCCUUUGUUGCUGUUCGAAUUUGCUCCAUCUACGACGUUCCCUUCCUGCGGAUUUGAUGUUACAACAUUUUGAUGGGAAGCAACGACAGCAGCUUGCUCGCUAUCCAGAACUUGAUCACGGAUUUUAUAACGAUCAAGGGCAAGUGGACAUCCUCGAAUCCCCGUUCUUUGACGUUAACUUGGAGGUCGACGUACCGUUGAAGAAUACGUCGAAAGGAUUAUAUUCUCUCUCGCCGCCGCCAUCGACGAACAACUCUCUCCCAUCCAGUGGCAGGUCGUUUCCAAAUUCUGAUAAAGAUUAAAACAUUUGGUGAUUGAAUGAAGUGGUUGAAGAACCUGAGCUUAUUCCCUAUGCAUGCUAGAUUUGCCAUUGGGAUAACUGGAGUUGGUUCAUUUUGGCACCGAGGUGUAGAAAGAUGCUUGAAUAACUCACCUGGCAUUCAAAAGAUUGUGAAUAGAGGAGGUUAUUAUGACAUAUAUCGAUAUGGCUAUACCGCAUUGACUGGACAUCUGUGCUUAGGAAGUGAGGAUAUAGGCCUUCUUGCCCGCUCAAUGUCUGGAGUCAGAAUGUUCAAGUUGCAGCAUGAUUCUAGUUUACAUCCGAAUCUGCUUGAAAAACCCUCAACUAUAGGCCAUAAGAUUGGGAACUCUGUACGACAUGAGCAUUCGGUGAGCCGAGAGUGGUUGGCAAAGCGUUGGGCUGAAGAACAGAGAAGGAAAGAUGUAAUGAGAAGAAGGAAAAGGAGAUAUGCACAACGUGUAGAAACCAAGGAGCCUACGCUUGAUACUUUUUUGAAAUUUCCAUUCCUGCAAUCAUUCUUUAGCAGAUCAAUUCCAGCUGACCAAGGAUGGCAAACAAAUGAACCUUCUAUUAUGCAGCCACCAUUGAGUCAAUAUGAGGAGGGUUUUUUAUAUCCACAAACUCCUGAAGAGGUGAAACUGGCACCUCUUCUUGCAAGAUCUAAUUUGCUUAUCACAAGGGACAUAGAAUGGGCAAAUAUUAUGUUUGCUUUUGAACAGGAAAAUAGAUAUGCAAUGGUGGAUCCUUGCUAUCCUCAGUCGCCUGUGGGUUUUAUUCGUGAACAAAGCAAUGUACUUACACGGCAGCUACUUCGAACAAGGCGGCCAUUUAUUGCGUACAUAACCGAUGCUAGGGGCAAUGAAAUAUUUAGGGUUCGCAGGCCAUUUUGGUGGAUAACCAGCACAAUCUAUGCAGAGGUUGAUGGAAAGGAAAUUGGUGUGGUUUGCAGACGUUGGCACCUUUGGAGGAGAUUAUAUGACUUAUACUUUGGGAAUAAACAGUUUGCUGUGGUGGAAAACCCUGGUCUUUGGAACUGGACAUUCACCUUGAAGGAUGAAAAUGAUAAUGUGCUCGCUCAGAUCGAUCGGGACUGGAGGGGGUUUGGCUUUGAGCUUUUCACUGAUGCUGGUCAGUAUGUGAUUCGAUUUGGUAAUGCCUACUCAAUUCCAAAGAUUGGCCUUGCUUCAGUUGUACAAGAAUUAGACGUUAAGCGUCCAUUAACUCUGUCAGAAAGAGCUGUCACCGUUGCGCUUGCGAUUUCUCUAGACAACGACUUUUUCUCACGAACUGGUGGUGGCUGGGGACUACCCAUCAUUGUUGCUGGUGAAUAGGAGAAGAUGAAUAUGGCCGAGGAUGCUCGAGAUUUUUUGUCUUCUUAAAAUGGUUUGAUUGUUUAUGUUAAAGCUCAUAAAUCAGUAUAUUGCGUUUUUCAGUUUCUUGUUUUUGAUGAUUCAACUUCUUUCCUAAUAAAUUUUUACUCCCAACAAGCAAUUAUUCUAGAUUUAAUCGUUACAGUUCUAAUUUUUCAGUCUGACUGCCAUUAUGGGCCUAUUAGGUCUAAUAUCAAUAAUGCUAUUUUAGGUGUAAUAAUUUGAUAAACUCAAUGUGAGCGCUUCAGCAUUGGCUGUUGCGGGCUGAGAUUCUCA